UUCAAUGGUAGUGGAAAUAUCAAUCCCAUCCCCGUGUUAAUGGGCCGUGGUUGCACUGAAAAACACUACGUACACCACAAACACACAAACCCUUUGAACUUGGCCGCGCGUGGGUCCUGAAGCAGGAGCGGGAUUUGAGAAUUGAGAAAGAUUCUCAUUCCUCACGCUCUACUCAAUUCAAUUCAAGCCGUGUGAACAUGAAAUUUAAACUUGGACAAGAAAAAAUAAAUUAAAAUUCCCCCCAAAUUACCGUGCCUGUGUCGUCGCCUCAACCCAAAUCAGUGAAAUCACUCUCUCUCUCUCUCAGCCUAGGGUUUAACAGGGAGUUUUCUUCACUCUGACAAUAACACUCCCAACACAGCAAUGUCAUUUUCGUUGUUCGCCACGCCGCAGCAACAGCAGCAGCAGUCUCCUUUUCAGCCACAGCAAACUAGUUUGUUCCUUCCGCAGCAGCAGCAGCAGCAACAACAACAGCAACAAUUUCAACAACAGCAACAACAGCAGCAGCCGCAACAACAGUUGUUUUUGUUUACUAACGAUAGAACUCCCGCUAGUUAUAGUACCAAUUGGGCGGAUCUACAUCCUGAUUCCCAGAAGAUUCUCCUUCAGAUCGAGGAGCGGAUAUUAGAGUAUAGGGAUGAAAGCCAGAGACUAGAUCAGUGUAGUCGUCUUUAUGAUUCUUCCGUUUCCAACGAUGGAUUUGAGCUUGAUGCAGGUCAUAUUGUUCAGGAACUUGGUGGAAUUAACACAGCUAUGGAACGACAGAAAACAUUGCUACAGGAACUGAUGUCCACUGUUAAGGAUAUGUUACGCAACACAGAGGUUGCUGUUCGUUCCUUUAUGAUGCUACGCCCUAGGUUCCUUCAUCCCAGUGGGGGUACAUCAAGUGCCACUGCCCCAUCACAGACUCCUGGUGCAACUAUAGCACCUAGUUCGAAUAGCCAACCUACAACUGCAUCUAUAGUGCCUGUUUUUGAUUUCUACAGUGGUCUUCCAAAGAAACCAUCUCCGUUUUUACAGCAAACAGUUUUAAGAUUUGAGAAGUAUCUUGGUGAGUGCCAUCAGUGGAUUGAAGAGUUGGAGCAGCUGCUUCUCUUGGACUCUGAGAGAAAUGCAUCCGCUAAUGGUUCCUCAUUAUUGCAAUCUCUUCCCAAGGUCAUGACAAAUGUGCACGACUUUUUUGUUCACGUGGCUGCAAAGGUGGAGAGCAUUCAUCAGUACAUUGAAUCUAUGAAAUCAGCAUACCUAGCUGAUCAGCGUCGACGGGGGGAGGUGAAUGAUCCAUUUUUGGAGGCAGAUCGACGAGAAACUGCAAGACAAGAAGCCGCCUCAAAAAGAGUUCAUCCAACAUUGCAUUUACCUGCAAAUUCACAACCCUCAACUCAAGUUGCUGGGUUGUUUUCCAGUUCAGGGACUCAAGCAGCAUUGACUGCCCCACAGACAUCUGCAGCAACUUCAUCUUUGUCAUCAGGAAGUGGAUUCUCUCUUUUUAGCACACCAUCUUCUGCUCCAUCGUCUUCUAUGUUGUCAUCUUUGUUUACAACACCAACUCCUGCUCCUGGACCUCAAACCUCACUUUUUGGUUCUACAUCUGUACCUGGUUCUGCAUCAACUCCCUCUCUGUUUGGUAAUACUACUCCAUUGUUUAGUACAACUCCAGCUACAAAUUCACUCUUUUCAAGUCCAUUUGUUUCAGGCGCUGCAACAGGAUCUGGGGCUAGCUUUGGACCUGGAACGAAAAAUCAACGGGUGAAAUCUAGAACCGCUCGACGCUAAUAAAUGUGAUCUGAAAGCAUAAAGUUGAUUGGAACAUUUUCUGCUGCCGAACAAAUAUGCAAUGUUCUGCUUGAAAUAUGGUUUUUCCUUAUUAGAUGGUCUUAAAUGGGUCUCGGAAUGUAGAUGCCGCAUUGAGGGCACUGGUAUAUAUCGACAUUUUGAUUCUGCCUCGUUUCAAUCCGUUGAGUUCUUCCAUUAGGCAUUGUCCGUUGGUUACUGUUGACCCAUUUUCUUUAACAUUGUAGAUUAAUAUAGGUUAGGUGAUUUUGAAUGCUAAAGCCUGUGUAGCUUAUGAUACGUUGUAGCUUGCUUUUUUCCUAGUUCCAGUUUGAGUUUGAUACAUCAGUCACUGUUGUAAUAAAAGAUACUGCACGGAAGAUGUUUGGAUACAUUUUACUGAGAGAUAUUUCAAACUUGUAGUGGCUUUUAAUUGAUCUUUAAAAUACCAAAGACUUUUUCACUAUUUAAA